UUGUAAAUAGAUAGGUCGAAAACACAUCGACCGGAAACUACCCGAAUGUGAAAUUCCCCAACUUUUGUUUUCGAAGUUAAGCUAUAAAGAGCUUCAGGGAAUAUAUAGAGGUCACUGUCAACAUUGAUAAAUAAGAUGUCGCUUCAUUUUUCUAGCCACUGUGGAGAAAAUACUGUCAUUAAGAACGGUGAAGCAGAAUGGAAGUCUGUUUAUUCUGGAGGACUUUGCUUUUCUGAACGGCCAAUUGGAAGAGAUCCACUACAGAUUAUAAUAAAUGGAAGCAGUCAUAUUUCUCUUGGGUUCUUGGAAAAGAAUCCGAAUGAGAUCAAUAUCAGAGAUGUUUUUCAACAGAUGAAAAUUACGAAUGAUAUCCGAGUCCAUAAGUCAACUUUUACUAUAUCCAUCAAAAUUUCCAAUAAUGGGCGAGAAGUUGUUCUCGACAAUGAAGACAAUUCAAACGUUCGUUUUCCUCUUGAAAAUGGUAUCGCAUGGCUUGCUGUUUAUAUACAAUUUGGUUCAGCAUCUGUUUAUCUAAUGUCUUCAAAUGCAAAGUUUCUGCAAUACAGUGGUGAAAAUAUCAAGCUGACAGAGAAAGAUAAAAAGGCUUCGUUAAUAGAUGAAAAUCCAGCAGCUAUAUGUUAUAUAGACAGGCAUUUGUAUAACGGAGAAGCCAUUACGGUGCGUAUAAACCCGGUAACAGACCCGAAUAAGAUCAAAACAUUUUCCGUACCCAGCCGAUACUACAUAAAAUUUGGCUUUUAUGAAGAAAAAUCGAAGUCGUUUAAUGACAAUUUCUCUAGAUUGUUGAAAGUUACUGAUAAAAAACGGAAUAAUGUAUGGGAACCGAUUUUUGUCCUCGAAAAAAGUAAAAGUCAAGGUAAUCUACAAAUAAGUCUGUCCGAGUCAGGAUCUUUCAGUUUUUCAUCUGAAUCUGGAGAAAGCGGAAACUUUGAAAUUCCGAAUUACGAAAAGGCGAACGGAGUUAUUUGCGUAUUUGAACUGUUCCGUGUUAGGGUAAAGUUGCUUAAGGUAGCACGUUAUCCAGCCUACGACUAUGCUUCAUCGGCGACAACUUCACCAAUUAAACUUGCAGCGACAAUGUCACCAAUAGACCCUGCAGCGAUAACGUCGCCAAAAGACCCUGCAGCGAUUACGUCGCCAUUAGACCUUGUAGCGAAAACAUCACCAAUAUCAUUAAAUGAAACUCUAAAUAUAAAUCAAACCUCGUUGUUUGAUUCCAACACGGGACUAAAGUUUUCCAAAAGUAAUGAAACUACUUCAAAUAAUGGUGACUGCGAAACUAAAACCAAAGUUAUAGAUGAUGUGGAUACAAAAUGUUUGCAUAAUCACUCUGAAAAUGGUUUCAAUUUCCACUUUGAUGAACAAACAAAACCAAAAGUUCUGGGAAUCUUAAACGAUUUGCACUGCAAUAAAAAAAAUGGAGACAAACAGGAACAUGAGAAUUACAAUCUAAGUAAAAAAUCUUUUUUGACAACAGAUGACAAUUUUGCCAGCAGUUGUGAUUUUUCAGCAAGUAAAAACGGAAUAGAAGAUGAGAUAAAACAACCUCUGGUUAGGAACGCAUGCUCAACUUCCAGAGGAACCGCUUUCAACAUACCGAUGUGUUCAAAUAGACAACUUGUGAAUACUACCACAAGCGAUUCAAACCAUUUAUGUAAUAAGAUACCCCGUGACAAACAAGAUUUGGAAUUUAACAAUAGGAUGGCGAGACAAAAUACAGAACUUAAAACAAUGAUAGAAAAGUUAGAAACUGAAAACGAAAAAUUAAAAUAUGAGAACUUAAAACUAAAUCUAGAAAUCGAAAACCAAAGUGAAAAGUCAACAUUUAAAAAUCAAGAAACGCAAACACAAGAUGAAAAUCUGACUAUAACAAACACACCUAAUAGCUCGUCAUCAGAAACUUCAAAAUUAAGUAGCACAAUCCAGAGACAUUUCGUUCGGUUCGUACAUGACCUUGAGAUACCCGACCUUUGUGAUCAUCUUUACCAAAAUGGUCAAAUUACAAUACAAGACUUCGAUGAUUUACAUCACCAAGUCAAACUAAACAAACGUGAGGCCAAUCGUUCCUUACUAACACUGGCCAGGAAACGGGCAAUAUGUUAUGACACUUUUAAGGCUGCCUUAGUUGCCACUAAGCAAGAAGGUUUAGUGCAGCUACUCUGAUAUGAUAAUCAAUUUAGUUGAAAUGGAAUAAAUGAAAUGUUAUAAUAUUUUUUAUGAUGUGUUAUUGUGUUAAUAAUUAAACUUGUCAGUUUAAAAUGUCGUCAUUUCAAAAUAGUAAUAACAUAAACGGUACCAAUUUUACUGCACCAGAUGCGCAUUUCGACAAUCAAUGUCUCUUCAGUAAUGCUCGAGGCCAAAAUAUUUGAAAAUCCAAAGUUUAUUAAAAAGAUGAAGAGCUAUAAACCAAAAAGGACAAACAAAAGUUUAGACAAAGCCGGGCAAGGAAUCAGAGCUUUGCAUGAGUAAACUGUUUGUACAGCUGUUCUAUAUAUUUGAUUCAUUCCAAUUACCUCCGUGACCGAUUGUUUUAAUAGUACAAAAAUCAUAAUACUAAGUGAUUUGACUUUACAAAUUUAUACAGGUCUUCAACAAAUUUAUCAUGUUCUAAUUUUGUUGUGGUUGCCAAUGACAAAGCUAUUUCAAUUAUUUGGCGGUUAUCUCUUUUAAAUAAAUGAGGGUCUUGAGGGGGGUCCUUUCAUUCCUUUAUAUUUUAGACCAUGUUUUCUUUCUAUUUUUUUAACCAUUAUUCUCUGUUCUUUAUAUUUUUUGUCCCAUUAUUCUCUUUAUUUUUCGUCUAUUUUUUUCCUCUUUCCUUUCUUUCUUUUCCCUUUAAUCUGCACUUUUAGCCCAUUAUUUUCUAUUCUGUAAACCUCAUCUAGACCCUCAUGAAUCAUCACAUAUAUACGACUCACAGAGUCAACCAAACUUCCAUGUGAGGGUCCCAAAACAGUUCGUGGCUGAAUGAAGCUUUAUAAGAAUUUCAGACUAGGAUGAUUAUGUUUUACAUUUCUAUGCUUUCCUCUGAAACUACGUUGUGAAAUAAUGAUUCAAUAUUAUUUCAAACCAGUAUUGCGUCUUCACACGGUCAAAAUAAAUGUCCGCUUUAAAAAGUUUCCUUGAAACUACAAACCUAAUAUUACCAUACCUUACAGGAAUAGAUGGCUUAGGCAAGGCUCUUUCUUUCAAUAAAAUUGUAUUGUAUCCAAAUUAUUUACAUUGAUAUUUAAGGUAAAUAACAUACAUGUUCACGAUUUUCUUUGAAUUUAACUAGUCGCCUAAGACGCCUUGUUUGUUCCAUAUAAGGCAGGACGAUUCAAGAACAACAAAAUACCAUCGUGGCUAAAGGAAUGAAAACGAGCCCCCGUAGAGUACUGUCGAUUGUUAUUGUAUGUUCUUUUAUUAUUGUAUGUUCUUUUAUUAUUAUAUGUUCUUUUAUUACUGUA